AUGCCAAUAAAACAAGAAAAUCUCUACACGGCGGCGCCAAACGACCAUAAUGAGGCCGUUGAUCCAGAAUUAAAUGGACCAGCAAAAGCGGAGUCCACCAUCAAUCCUCCAAACAUCGGACCAUACAUUACGAUCGAAACUGAAAAAAAACGUAAACGGCAAGCAUUAUUUACCACCACCACAUCACGUCUUUGCGAUUCAAAAUCGCACAUGAUUUUCCUGGGGUUUAUCGACGUACAAUCGAUACGUUACACGAAAAUUCCCACCACCUGGCCCCAAUGUAACGUAUUUCAACAGAAUCAACUAACGUGUCACCUCAAUCCGGGCCUUGCGGGCGUCUUUUCCGUUCCGAUACGCGACCAGCAAGCCUGUCAGUUGUUGGGACUUUCGGCAGGUGGUAACGGAAGGGAAGCGCUGAUUGCGGCACUAGCUAGCGUGGGCAAGUUCCGAUAUGGACUGAAGGAACCAGCGAAAGAGUACUACCGGCUGUCCGUGACGGAGAAAAUAUUGCAUCUGUUUUUCGCUACUUUUCCACCAUGCCCACAGAACGGAGGUUUUGUAAUAUUCCCCAAAAGUAAAUCAAGCCUGCCGGCGGACGGUGAUGAGGUGUGGCUCGAAUGCUUCAACUAUUAUGCCCAUGCGAAACGACCAAAACGGAUAGGCGUUGAACAAAGAGAGGGAAACACAAACAACCGGCAGGAUAGGUUGGCCAAACUACUGCUGCCUGGAAUUGCAGAGAAAAUGAAAACUUUGAGAGAAAAACUGAUGCAAGUGAACAAGUCGAUCGAGUGA